GCUGCCAUUUUUGUAAUCUAGUAUCUUUUUUUUUUUUUUUUUUACUUCUCAAGAUAUAGUGCUGGGACAAACACGUUAUUAAUCUCUCCACCUCCAAAGCUAAUCAAACAUAGUUAGGCUGACCUCUGGUGGCCAGAUAUCUCAUCCUUCAGUAUCUGACGAAAUGGUAUGAAGGUACGUCUCAUUUGUGGGGUGACAGCCAAAUAAAAUAUGGUAAAGAAAAUACUCCUGUUAGAAACUUCAUCGUUAACCUGUUGGGAGACCAUUGAAACUGCUGAACAAUGCAGUCAACAAAUUUGGCGCACGUGCAAAAGCACAACCAUGAAGAGACAGUUUUAUCAUUACCUGCACCUGAUUUUGCUCAUUAACCUACGUCACCUUCCCUAUAAAAGUCAUGAGGGCUAAAGCCUACGUGCCUUUGUUCUGCGGAACAGAGUGCCUCCUGGUCCUCUACUUUUCUAAAUGUGAGUCUUCUGUGCUUUGUCAUGCCACGCCGUCCCUUUUCCAGGAUCUCCUGUUGCCCUGCAGCGUUGUACCCGGCAGAGUGGCACCCAACAUAGGGCUGGAAAAGAAGGUCUGCCACGAGUAGAGAAAAGAAAAAUUAAAGUCUGCCAGCAGCGAAGAAAUAAAGGAAGGUCUGCCCAGAGCAGGAAAAGGUGAAACUACAGACGGUGGAAACGGUAGCCUGGCACUCGAUGGAGUCGCGACUCUGGCUGCGGGUACUGAGAUAUUGGUUUCUGCUGGAUAUAAUUCCAUUAAAAAACUAAAGGCUUAGUGCCUGCAGGAAGACACUCCAAAGGAUUUUACCUUAACCGCUACUCUAAACCUUUUCUCCAUUCUGUGGUCUCCUUUGUUGAAAACCUCCUUAUGCACCUUAGAGCUUUCCAGGUCUACUCUAUAUACUCUAUCUGAAUUAACUGGUGCCUCUCUACGCAGUCGUUCCACAAGGCCGCCUCCGUUCGCAGACCCUCCAACCCACCGCUCGGGGCUUAAAAAGACAGUGGCCCACCUCCAUCGGGAGACUUCGGAACGCCCUCAGCCGACCCAGGAAUGAGCCCCUUCUCGGGAGAAGCCAGGCCGCUGCCCGGCACUCGAGCACGCCCUAGCUCUCCCUUCCUGACGGAUCUCCGCACGAACCCUCCUCCCCUUCGGCGGGAGCAGGGAUUCUUCCCCUCUGCAGACUCCCUCUUCUCACCCACGAAGGAUCCUUUCUUCUUUCUCGCUUCAACCCUAGCCGUAAGACCCGUCUAGGCCUAGCGCCAAAAGCUCGAUUCCAACAGUCUCAUUGCCGCAGGGCUAGCCCUCCAGGUGGAAACCACUUCCGGGGGCGCCAACGCCCCCUUCUCUUAGGAACCCCGCUUCCCAAUCAGAAAAAAGGGUUAAAAGACCCUAAGCGCAUGCGCCCCAACGGCGGCUUGGAAGCCAGUGGAUCCCGCUCUCGCCGCUCUACGCCAUCUCGCGGUAUUUCCUUCUCCCGCGGGAGUUAUUUGAAUGCUCUGGCGGUAACCACGCCCCCGGCUGUCCGCUGUUGAGACUGGAGGCUGAGGCGUCUUUGUGGAGACCUCCGCGGUGGUCAGUCGAACCGGCUGCGCCGAAACGCUGAACAGACUUCGUUCCUGCUGGGUCCCGGCGCCAUGGGGGCGGAGAAGAGGCUGCUGCCGAUUAAGGAGGCUUUCCAGCUGGCGCAGCAGCCGCACCAGAACCAGGCGAAGCUGGUGGUGGCGCUGAGCCGCACCUAUGGCUCGAUGGAUGACAAAACAGAUUUUCAUCAGGAGUUUGUUCAUUACCUUAAAUAUGCAAUGGUAGUCUAUAAACGAGAACCAGCUGUGGAGAGGAUAAUAGAAUUUGCAGCAAAGUUUGUUACUUCAUUUCACCAAUCAGAUAUGGAAGAUGAUGAGGAAGAGGAAGAUGGUGGCAUUUUAAAUUAUUUGUUUACUUUUCUAUUAAAGUCUCAUGAAGCAAACAGCAAUGCAGUUAGAUUUAGAGUGUGCCAGCUCAUAAAUAAGCUCUUGGGAAGUAUGCCAGAAAAUGCCCAGAUUGAUGAUGAUUUGUUUGAUAAAAUUAAUGAAGCCAUGCUGGUUAGAUUGAAAGAUAAAAUUCCAAAUGUAAGAAUACAGGCAGUUCUUGCACUUUCACGCCUUCAGGAUCCCAAAGAUGAUGAAUGCCCUGUAGUUAAUGCGUAUGCUACUUUGAUUGAAAAUGAUUCAAAUCCAGAGGUUAGGCGGGCAGUGUUAUCAUGUAUUGCACCAUCAGCAAAGACUUUGCCAAAAAUUGUGGGCCGCACCAAAGAUGUGAAAGAGGCUGUCAGAAAACUGGCUUAUCAGGUUUUAGCUGAAAAGGUUCACAUGAGAGCUUUGUCCAUUGCUCAGAGGGUAAUGCUCCUUCAACAAGGUCUUAAUGACAGAUCAGAUGCUGUGAAACAAGCAACACAGAAGCAUCUUCUCCAAGGCUGGUUACGUUUCACUGAAGGAAAUAUGCUUGAGUUGCUUCAUCGGUUGGAUGUGGAGAAUUCUUCUGAAGUGGCAGUCUCUGUUCUCAAUGCCUUAUUUUCAGUGACUCCUCUUAAUGAACUAGCAGAAGUCUGUAAAAAUAAUGAUGGCAGGAAAUUGAUUCCAGUGGAAACAUUAACUCCUGAAAUUGCUUUGUAUUGGCGUGUCCUUUGUGAAUAUUUGAAAUCAAAAGGAGAUGAAGGUGAAGAAGUUUUAGAGCAGAUUUUGCCAGAGCCUGUAGUAUAUGCAGAGUACUUACUGAGUUAUAUUCAGAGCAUUCCAGUUGUUAAUGAUGAACAGAGAGGUGAUUUUUCCUAUAUUGGCAAUUUGAUGACGAAAGAAUUCAUAGGUCAACAAUUGAUUCUAAUUAUCAAGUCUUUGGAUACCAAUGAAGAAGGAGGAAGGAAACGACUGCUGGCUAUUUUACAGGAGAUUCUUACUGUCCCCACUACCCCAGUAUCCCUAAUUUCUUUUCUUGUUGAGAGACUACUUCACAUCAUGACAGAUGAUAAUAAGAGAACACAGAUUGUUUCAGAAAUUAUCUCAGAGAUUCGGGCACCCAUUGUCACUGUUGGUGUUAAUAGUGAUCCAGCUGAUGCAAGAAAGAAAGAACUCAAGAUCGCUGAAAUAAAAGUUAAACUUAUUGAGGCAAAAGAAGCUUUGGAAAAUUGCAUUACCUUGCAGGAUUUUAAUCAAGCAUCGAAAUUAAAAGAAGAAAUAAAAGCAUUAGAAGAUGCCAAAAUAACCCUAUUGAAAGAGACAGAGCAACUUGAAAUGAAAGAAGUCCAUGUAGAAAAGAAUGAUGCCGAAACACUGCAGAAGUGUCUUGUUUUGUGUUAUGAACUCUUGAAGCAGAUGUCCAUAUCAACAGGUAUAGGUGCAACUAUGAAUGGCAUCAUUGAAUCUUUGAUUCUUCCUGGAAUAAUAAGUGUUCAUCCUAUAGUAAGAAAUCUGGCUGUUUUGUGCUUGGGAUGCUGCGGACUGCAGAAUCAGGAUUUUGCAAGUAAACACUUUGUAUUACUACUGCAGGUUUUGCAAAUUGAUGAUGUGACAAUAAAAAUAAGUGCUUUAAAGGCAAUCUUUGACCAGCUGAUGACAUUUGGAUUUGAACCAUUUAAAACUAAAAAAAUCAAAUCCCUUCAAAGUGAAGGUGAAGAAAUAAACACUGAUGAAGAGCAAGAGUCAAAAGAAUCUGAAGAAGAGGCUGCUACAGCCAAGAAUGUUCUGAAACUACUAUCCGAUUUCCUAGAUAGUGAGGUGUCUGAACUCAGGACAGGAGCUGCAGAAGGACUGGCCAAGCUGAUGUUCUCUGGGCUCUUGGUCAGCAGCAGGAUUCUUUCCCGGCUUGUCUUGUUGUGGUAUAAUCCUGUGACUGAAGAGGAUGUUCGACUUCGACAUUGCCUUGGCGUGUUCUUUCCCCUCUUUGCUUAUGCAAGCAGGAAUAACCAGGAAUGUUUUGAAGAAGCCUUUCUUCCAACUCUACAAACACUGGCCAAUGCCCCUGGCUCUUCUCCUUUAGCUGAAAUAGAUAUCACUAAUGUUGCCGAGUUACUUGUAGAUUUGACGAGACCAAGUGGAUUAAAUCCUAAAGCCAAGGAUUCCCAAGAUUAUCAGGCCUUAACAGUUCAUGACAAUCUGGCUAUAAAAAUUUGCAAUGAGAUCCUGUCAUGUCCAUGUUCACCAGAAGUUCGGGUCUAUACUAAAGCCUUGAGUUCGUUAGAGCUCAGUAGUGAUCUUGCUAAUAAAGAUCUUCUGGUUCUGUUGAAUGAGAUUCUAGAGCAAGUAAAAGACAGAACGUGCCUGAGAGCUUUGGAGAAAAUCAAGAUUCAGCUGGAAAAAGGAAAUAAAGAAAAUGGUGACCAAGCUGUAGCAGCGCAGGAUGACGGCACAGUCACGACUCUUUUUCAAAGUGAAGAAAAGAAUAAAGAAGUGUAUAUAACUCCUGUCAAAGAUGUAAAGGUAACCCGAAUGAAAUCCACUCAGAAGCAGACUAACAGAGGACGAAGAACAGUGACAGCUUCAGCUAGAAUGAGCAGGAGACGUCAGACUGAGGCUGAGACUGACUCUGAAAGUGAUCAUGAAGUUCCAGAGCCAGAAUCAGAAAUGAAGAUGAGAUUACCAAGACGAGCCAAAACAGCAGCACUAGAAAAAAGUAAACUUAGCCUUGCACAAUUUCUCAAUGAAUAGGUGAUAGAGAUGGAGUCCUUUGAAAAAUGUCCAUGAAGACUAUGUUCAGUUCUUUUCUUUAAUAAAGUUACCCUUGUAUGAAAAUUA